AUGACAGAACACAGUGAACCCGUUAAAUCAGAGUCAACACACAAUGCACAAGAUGAUCCCAUGAAGGAAGAUUUGCCAGACUUGCAAGCAUUGAUUGAGUCCAUGUCCAUCUUUUCUGGCUCCAGUUCACAAAUACAAACACAAGUGCGAGUCGAAUCAUUGGGCAAUCUAGUGGAUUUACCAUUAGGACAGUUGAAAAUGGCGGUGACGUCCAUUGAUAUGCAAUCUUGGGUGGAUGAUAUUACUGUUGAGUUGCUCAAAGAGAUAGGCAAAGCAGACACUCUACCCAGCACAAAUGCAGCAUAUCUAGUCUAUGCAGCCACGUUUGCCAAGAUGACUGCACUUAAAUCUAAUGUGCCCAGAGUCUUGAUGAACGGCAUUCAGCAACUGGCACAACAGGAAGGAAAGUGCAUCAUGGAUGGAUUGCUUGUACCGCUGUUGUUCCAAUCAGAACUAGGUAAACCGCAAUGUGAAGUGAUCAACAAGUCAAUAAGCGAAUUAAACCCAUCGCAGCGGGUGUCGAUGCUACAAAUUAUUCUAUCGGAUGGAGAGUCUUACUUUGCAGCCAACGCUACAGCACAUUUCGUCUUGAUGGAUCACCGAAACUACCUGCGGCCCUGGAGUGACACUGUGGUCCAGAUCAUGAGCACCAUCUUGAGCACACAACCACUGAUUGAAUUGGACAAGACGCUUCUAUAUGACCUUGUUCAGCCAUUACAAACCAUCGUUCAAAGCAACCCAAAAGACAAAGGUGCCAUGCAACUGCUAUUGCUACUCACCAGCAAAUACGCUCAAGCCAUCAUUGAGUACCAGGCCAUCGAUCUGAUCGAAGGCAUAUGCCAGUCAAGCACCAUGUUUCUCAAGAGAGCCGUAUUGGCCAACGCCAUCUCUGAUAAUUUGCCUGCUGGUCUUGGUUUUGGUAUCAGCGGUGUCAACACAGGUACGCUGGUGCACUCGAUUGUAUUCACUGUGGGUACGCUAUUCACCAAUCCCAUCGUCAAACGUGUGGGCGCUCACCGCUGGAUUCCUAUUUUAAUGAAUUCCUGGGCUGUUGUCACUUGGGCGCAUGCUCUGAUCCAUAAUUUCAGCGGAUUCAUCGCUGUUCGUUUCUUUGUUGCCCUGACUGAAGCUGGUUUCAUUCCUGCUAGCUUAACCUAUCUCACUGGCUGGUACAAGACAAACGAAUUGGCCACUCGUCUCGCUUGGUUUUGGGGCAUUCAAUCGUUUGCUUCUGCUUUCUCAGGACUGAUUUCGUUUGGCAUCUUUCGUAUGGCUGGUAUUGGCGGUCUGCAUGGCUGGGAGGGGCUGUUUAUCAUCGAUGGUAUCUUUACUCAUCUUGUCGGCAUAAUUGCAUUUCCUGCUACUACUGCUGGUCUUUUGCGCGGCAAGAAUGGCUGGUUUACUGAACGAGAGCGCAACAUUGCUGUAACCAGAGUAAUCCGUGAUGACAAGACCAAGAAGGAACAAUAUGAACGCAUUACAUGGCACGAUGUCAAAAUCAGUGUUACUGAUACCAAGCUAUGGGUGCACUUGCUCGUCACAUUUGUUGGUAUCAUGCCUCACACGCCGGUUAGCAUCUAUCUGCCUACUUUGAUCAAGGGAUAUGGAUUUGAUGUUACAACCAGUAAUCUUUUAACGGUGCCAUCCUUCUUUAUUGGCUUGAUCAUCUCCAUUAUCAUUGCAAAAAGCGCAGAUCGUUUUGGUAACUACGCUCUUCAUGCUCUUAUUGGUUGUGUAUGGUCCAUGAUCGCCUUCUUGGUGUUGCAGUUCUUGCCAAACAGUGCUGGUCGCUGGAGUUUUUACGCUGCUGCCUUGUUUGUGGCUUCCACACCACCGUGGCAUGGAAUGCAAAUUGCUUGGAUGUCUUCUAACCUAGCGCCUGUUGGCAAACGUACCAUUGCCUUGGGUGCUGUUAUCGGGGCUGCCAACAUCUGUGGUGUCCCAGGCUCUCAGAUCUACCAGGCAAGCGAUGCUCCUCAUUUCCAUGUAGGCAACUGGGUAAACUUUGGUUUAAUGGCCACUGCCGCUCUCUUUUUUGUUUUCCAAAGAACAAGCUAUAGUUUGACAAACAAAAUCAGAGAAAAGAAAUGGAGCGCCAUGUCUGACGACGAGAAGAAGGAGUAUUCAAAGACCACAACAUCAGAAGGAAGUAAUCGCAUUGAUUUCAGAUUUAGAUUGUAG